UAGCAGUGAUUACUGGAGGAACGAAGCUGUGAUUGUAACCUCUGGUUUGACACUCUACAUUUCUCUCUUUGUUUUUGACAUAUUCUCUGCCCUUUUGCCCUGUGCAGGAAAUAUUUCGAAGAGCUGUACUGCCAAUGGCUGGACAGAAAUAAACCCAGUUGUCGUUGCGUUUAAUUGUGGCUAUAACCCCAAUAUCACAGAGAAUGGAAAUGUGGGUGAAUUCCUGGGCUCUGUGAGAAUUGGAUACACCAUUGGUCACACUUUGUCUCUUAUAUCCCUCAUCAUUGCCAUAUUCAUACUGUGCUUUUUCAGAAAACUCCACUGCACAAGGAACUACAUCCACAUUCACCUGUUCAUGUCCUUUAUAUUGAAAGCUUUUGCUGUGAUUAUGAAGGAUGUGGUCCUGUAUGAGGUGGAGGAACCUGACGACUGCUACUAUGGAUCUGUGGGCUGCAAAGCUGCAGUGGUGUUCUUCCAGUAUGGUGUCAUGGCCAGUUUCUUCUGGUUACUGGUGGAGGGUCUUUAUCUCCAUGCUCUCCUGACUGUAUCCUUCUUCUCUGAGAGGAAGUACUUUUGGUGGUAUAUUCUCAUUGGCUGGGGAGUUCCAGGUGUCUUCAUAACAAUCUGGAGCAUCACAAAAGCUUAUUUUUAUAAUAUCGGAUGCUGGGAUUUUAUUGAUGAUGAUCUGUGGUGGAUUAUAAAAACCCCUAUUUUGAUAACAAUACUGAUUAACUUUAUUCUCUUCAUUUGUAUCAUCCGGAUACUUCGGCAGAAAAUCAGUUGUCGAGAUAUUGGGAGAAAUGAUUCACACCAAUACUCGAGACUGGCAAAAUCAACUCUACUUCUGAUUCCUCUUUUUGGAAUAAACUACAUAAUCUUUGCCUUUAUGCCUCAUUACAUAGAGUCUAAUGUGCGUCUGGUGUUUGACUUGAUCCUGGGGUCCUUUCAGGGAUUUUGUGUUGCUAUCCUGUACUGUUUUCUGAAUGGAGAGGUUCAGUCUGAGAUAAAACGAAAGUGGAGGCGGUGGCACAUGCAGAGAUUUCUUGGAGCUGACACAAAGUACCAGCAGCCCUCGAUGGCAAGCAAUGGUGUAAACUUCAGCUCCCAAAUCACCACGAUGACUAAAUGCAGCCCCACCACACGCAGGGCCUCCGCCUGCCAAGAUGACUUAUCUUCAGUCUGAGCGCUGAGUGAUGCUCCGUCUAUGACAGAGACAGAGACCAAUAAAUCUGUGCUCUACAAGCACUUGCACCACCAUCAAUCAUCUCCAAGGUUGCAGCUCAACUCUAUCCAGUUGUAACUAUGCAUCUCAUUGCUCAAUAGCAAUGUGUAGGCAACAGCACACAUCAGUGCUCAUUUUUGUUGAUUUGGCACGAGACAUACAUAAACUAUUCAAUCAUAAUGAUGUAUCCUCAUAGCCAUCCCAUCAUACACAUACAUAUGUAAAAUGUACGUGUACUUAUGUAGACACUACAGUUUUGACGUUUGAAUGUUUUUAAGAAAACUACUGACUCUGAACAGCAAGGUACACUGACUUUAAGAAAAGGAUGCAAUUAAAGCACAUUUUCUUAAAAAGACAGUUCACCCAAAAAUGAAAAUUGUGCCAUCAUUUAUUCACCCUCAUGUUGUUUCACACUUGUAUGAUCUUUCCUUUCCUUCUUGGGUGGAACUCAAAAUAUGUUAGGCUGUAGAAAAGAAAGAGAAUAGUGAAUGAUAUAAUCAUUCUGUCGAACAUAUCCUUUUGCUAGUUUUUGGGUGAACUAUCCCGUUAACCUCAGACUUACAGACCCAUGAGAUUGUUUGUGAAUAACACUGUGGACAAUUCUAUGCAUAGUGAGAGUGAUUUACAUUUGAAUCGUGAUCUCCUUCCAUAGGCAUGCUCCUGUACACAACAAAACAGGCAUUAAUCCUCAGUGUUGGUGUUUGGUGUCUAUCUGUGAUAGCAUACUGUUCUGUUAUUCUGCUUUCCCCUUAUUAUAAUUAUCAAGAUUUAAUUUCUUAAAAUUUUUAUAUUACCUGUAGUAAACUGAAUGGUGACCUUUUCAUUCUUUAUAGACCUAGAUGUAUUUUUAUCUCCUUCCUUAUUCAAAGAAACAUUUAUGUGACUGACUUAGACAAUCUGAUAUUCGGCUAAAAUCCUAUUCUAUAUGUGUUAUAUGACUGCGAUAUUUGUUUCAAUGUAAUUGUGUAGCUAAUGUAUAUACAAAAAUAUGCAUGGGUUGUGUAACUGUGCAUAUAAAGACAAUAGUGUAAAUUGUUUUCAUUUUUUAUAAGAAUAGUCUUUGUAAAAAUGAUUGUCUUUCAAAAAUGUUAUGUGUAGCGUUUAUCAUAGCUGUUAUUGCUGGCAUGUAAGUGGUCCUGCAUGUUUUCAUGCACAGAUCUUAUACCUCAGUGUGAAUAUGUAGUCAAGAGGACAUGUCUUUAAAAGUGUUGUUGCUAUUCUAUGAAAGUGUCUUGUAGAUGUUGUCAUAGCAAGAAAACAGAACAUGUUUAUUAUAUUAUGUUAUGACACACUUCUCUGAUUUCCUGUGUCAUAUUUUCUCUUUCAAAGUAUUUAUACACUAACAAUAUUGCGGGAACCUGCAAUUAAUACCUCAAGGAUCUAUUUCUACUUGACGUAAACCAUAAAAUGACUUUCGUUUAAUCAGUUUAAUAUGUCAGGUGGACUUAUUAUAUAAUAUAUAUUAUAUAUUAUAUACAAAUUUGGACUUGAAUAAAACCAUUUUAUUAGAUCUUAGUAUUUAAAGCACAUUUUGUUAGGUUACCUGACACGUGUUGGGGAAGUUACUUAAAAAAGUAUUCCACUAUAAAUGACUAAUUACCUCUAUAAAAUUAUAAUUAGAUUACUGAUUAUUCAUCGAAAAGCAAUCACGUUACUAAUUACUUUUAAGUUUCUUUCUUAAACACAUUUCACAGAAAAGUGUUUUUUUCUUCCGCUGAACAAAUUCAAAAUAAUGUCUAUUUCCUCCUUGUUGCACACAAAUCAUUCACUCAGCAUCAUGUGCGAUGAUUUGUUAGGGGCACAUACCUUUCAGCUAUCACAGAAAUGCAAACAGACAUACAUAUUAACAUAUUUUUGUUUUAAUCUUUUCUACAUAAAUAACACUAGUAGUAUAAUAUUUUUUUUUAAAUAUCUGUAACCCAAGUAGUUAGCUGAAAGUCAGUAACUGUAAUCUGAUUUCUAGAAUCUUUGUAAUACUUUGUAAUCAAAUUAUGCCCAACACUGUCUGAUAAAUGUGCUACAUUUCGUAACAUCUACAUUAACUGGUUUGUUUCAAGUCAGAAAUAUUAUUUAACAUGUCUAAACAAUAACAAUAACAAUUUUUUUUGUUAUAAAUGUUCUCAUCAUUUACUCACCAUCAUGAUUUCCCAGAUGUGUAUGACUUUCUUUCUUCUGCAGCACAAACAAAGAUUUUUAGCAGAAUAUUUCAGCUCUGUAAGUCCACACAAUGUAAGUGAAUGGUGACUAAAGCUUUUUUAAUCUAUAAAUCUCGAGUGGUUUAAUCUAUAUCUUCAGAAGCGUAUAUGAAGGGUGUGAGUGAGUAACAGUUCAAUAUUUAAGACCUUUUUUACUAUCUAUUUUCCUACAGCCCAGUAGGUGCCGCUAUUCACAAAUAAUGUGAAUCACCAAAAACAAAAGAAGAACGCAAAAGUGGAGAUCCCUAGUAAAAAAGGACUUAAAUAUUGAUCUGUUUCACACGCACACCUAUACAAUUGCCUCUGAAGACAUAUAUUAUACAACUGGUGUCUUAUGAAUUUCUUUUAUGCUGCAUCUAUGUGAUUUUUGGAGCUUGAAAUGUCUGGUCACCAUCCAUUUAAAUAGUUUGAACCUACAGAGCUGAAAUAUUUUUCGAAAAAUCUUUCUUUGUAUUCUGCAGAAGAGAGAAAGUCAUACACAUCUGGAAUGGCAUUACAGUGAGUAAAUGAUGAGAGAAUUUACAUUUUUGGGUGAACUAUCCAUUUAAGGGUCAGAUCAAGUAGAAACAGCUUCAGGUAACAAUUACAGGUUACAGGUUAUUACUUUUGGUGAUAACCUGGUGGGAGGAAACCUUGUAUAGUUCUUGUGUCAUUAUCAACAUGCCAAUAAGCGCUUCAAUUUACAAAGACAACAGAAUUUUUCAAAAUGAAGAAUUUGUUUUAUUUAUGUGUUGCUGGUAGGUAUUUAUAUACAAAGCACUUAAAACAGAUACAAUGUACUGUAUGAAUUCUAUCAUUAAGUCAACAAAAUCAAUCAUUUUGUUUUCAUAUAAUGUGGAUACAUUUAUCAAAAACAGAACUUAUUAUGACCUGUUAUGAACAGAGCUGUUAUGACAUUCAAAUAUUGUGCAAGAGUGAUGAAGGGAGAGAGAGAAACAGGACUGUAACUGAAAUACAAAGAGGAAAGUGUGGGUAAGAGAGGUAUUUCAUCAUUGUUUACCUCCCUCUGAAACACAUCUAUGAUUUAUUUAUAUAUAAAAAAGCCUCUUAGCCUCUCUCUCCUUAUACCUCUUUAGAAGCAUGAAAACCAGUGAAUGCAUUGAUUGUCCCACCAGACAGAUUAGAUUAGCAUUACGCUAAGCUAAAAUGCUAUUUCUAGACAUUUGACUUGCACAUGUUACCAGGCACGAUCAUAUUUUUUUAUCAAGAAAAUUCACGUUGGAUCAUAAUUUCUUUUUUUCAAGUAAGACCUUAAAUAUUAGGAAAAAAACUUAUUCUUGAUAAUAAAUUUGUAUUGUUUUCCUGUAAAUAAAUAUCUAAAAAUCAUUCAAACAAGAUCAAUUAGAUUUAUCUAACUGAAUAAAAU